UGUCUCAUCCUUACAGUUUGAGAUUUUGAUAUAAUUUACAGUAGUGUAGUCAGUGUGUGUGCAUAGCGUUACAGAAAAGUCAGGGGAUUUUAUUUAGACAGCAUUUUUUCAUGAUCCUCUCAUUAUUAACGCGACUCGUUAUAACUUCAUUUUCCAGAAUUAUAAUUAUUACGAAAUUUCGCAUAGUUUUUUAUCCAUCCUUUUUAACUAGUUCCACAUUUAUACGUAUACAGUUGCUUAAUAAUCAAACCGCAAUUUUUGUGUGUUAAGGAUACGUAACUCAUAUAUGCAAAAAUGCAUGGCAAACCUUUCAUCAUUCGUCACACAGACAAUAUUUGUAUUACGUUACGCAGCCAAAGUAUUGGUUUUGUUUGGUCAAAAUAUUAAGGUCGCCCAGCUCUCCAGUCUGAAAGUUUCCUGUUUAAACCCAAACUCCGUCAGUCAAAGGUUGAGGUUGGUGUGUUAUUAUUAACAAUUUAUUUUGAUUGCUCUACUUUACUCACGUAGGCAGCCACGUUAUGCUAUGCAUCCAUGUCUUCCAUAAAUUCACAUAGUCUCACUGGAUAGAUAUUAGUUCGUUAAAGGCAAAGGUGACUCAGAGUCAUGGUCUUCCUCCGUUCUAACUCACGGUAUUAGAAUGGUUCCCACACACUUGCUAUUUACUUGAUAAAUUAAAUCAUUGUCAAUAAGGUGAACAUGAAGGUGACCAUUUACAUUUUAUUUACACGAAAAUGCACGGCAUGCAAAAAAUAGUAAAUAUUUCUGUGGUAGGUAUUCGAGAUAAAAGUAAUCCUACUUAAGUGCGGCGUCCGCGUUUUAAUUAAAUAGUUGAUUGUGAUGGGAAUACAUACAUAUUUUGACCACUAAAUUGGUACUGGAGAAGAAUCGAAUGGACAGUAAAAGCAUUAUAUAAAUCUAAAUAACUGCUUCAUUGUGUUCCCUGGCUUAUUAAAGAGUGUAACAAGUACCUAUUUUGUUACUAGUGUGUGUAUCAUAAGAACGAACCUAUAAUUUUGGAGGACGAAUAUAUUUAGAAAGUUUUACACAAUAAUGGCUACGGAUCCACUACCGCAAGAUUUUUCUAGUCCGUGGGGACCAUUCGACUCAGAAAAUGUCCAGGAACAAAUCGUCUCAACUUUGAGUCACAUCCUGCAAAAUAUUUCCUUCCUCUAUAAUGGAUCAUCCCUCCUGAAUCCUUUGUUGGAUCUGAGCUACUCCACGUCCGCGGCUCAAGAAGCAAUUUACGACAACAUGAAAAAUCUAACAUUCAACAUAUUUUCGGACGCGUUUAGUACGACCGGCGUGGAUGGGUCGUCGUCAUUCCUACUUAAAAAUUUGGAGACUGCUCAAGUGAUCAGUACCAUUUCCUAUUUUGGAGUCCUAGUCCAGUACUUGGCCGCCUUUGUUACCACACUCGUCGGAGGCUGGAUUCUGAACAGGGUCACGCUGAAGAAUGAGAUCAUUACGGACAUUUUAGAAACUGUGAUAAGUUUUUUCAUCGUGCUUCCAGCCUUGCCAGCCAUAGCGGUCUUCCUCCUCGGAAUUCUGGUGGUCAGGACGCUUAUUAUGAUUUAUUUGAGGGUGACUUAUCCCGACGGGAAGAUAUCCAUGUUAAAUCCUGUCGAUGGUUUUUGGGCGUUUGAAGAUUUUGCGUCAUGUUCCACCUGCCUCGGUCUGUAUAUUAUUGAGGGGAACUGUGACAUUGAAAAGAUACGUGCCCGUCAGAAGAAAACAAUCGAGAGUGACCUCGUUGGGGGCAAAAUGACCAGAAAACUGAUUACCGUGUUGGGAUUUUCUUGCUGGGAAACGAUUCCUCCAGAGGAGUUGGAUAUGCGGAAAUAUGUCAGAAGUGUGAAUAGCCGAGGAGAAGAAAUUGAUGAACAGAAAGUACAAUCGUUGGAGGUGAUGCGAGAAAAGGAUGUGUUCCAAGUGAUGAGAAUUAUUCAGGAUAAACCGAUCGAGAAUAAAGCGCCUUGGGAAAUUGUGGUCAUCCCAAAGUUUACUUAUGACAAGGGUGAAAGUUCAGGGGAGCAGAUCAAGCAUUACGCAGUGAUUUACCGAAUUCAUCACUCGAUUAUGGAUGGAAUAUCCACUGCUAACGUCCUUCACUCCGUCAUGGCGGAUAAGCCCUUUGAAUUUUCCCUCGACCCGAUAAAACCUCUCGGUCGGAGGAGAGCCUCCACCUUCGAAACUGGUCUUCUCUACUUCCUCGGACUGUUGUCCAUGCCUCGUGUCACCAUUCGUAAUUUACUCAUGGUGGACAAUUACCAAAACAAGUACUGCCUUCCAGGUCAUCAACUCACCGGACCGAAAACGCUUAGCUGGUCUCGACCCAUCAAAAUGGAUGCCUUAAAGGCGAUCAAAACUAGUACGGAAACAUCCAUCUACACGGUCCUUUUGUCCUCUCUGGGUGGUGCUGUUAGACAGUUUUAUGUUAAAAAUGGGAUCAAAAUUGACUGUGAGAACUAUCACGUAAUGACACCCAUCGCACUACUCCCAUAUCCUGACAGAAAACCGAGAAACCGUUUCACCGGAGUUUUAAUGCCGACUAAUGUCGAGGAAAAAAAUCUUUCUCCGGUGGAGCGCCUGCAUAAAAACUUUAACAAUCUGAAAGCCUUGGGGUCUUCGUCGGCUACAUUUUUAGCCGUUGCCAAUUGGUAUUUUCCCGUCGUAAUGGGAAUUUUACCACUUUUUCUUCACAAACCGAUAAGUUUGUUGAUUCAUUUGAAAAUGUCCUUGUCAAACGUACCCGGACCAGCAGAGGAUGUUUUCAUCUACGAAGGAGGAAAAAUAGUGGACAUUGGGAUUUGGCUACCCAUCAAAUAUUCCCUGGGAUUGGGGAUGGGGUUGUUCAGUUACAAGGACAAAGUGAGAGCUUGCGUCGUCGGGGACAAAGCUUAUUACCAAAAUGACACCGAUAUCGAGUUCCUAACCAGCGCAUUUGAAAAUGAAUUGACACUCCUGGGACGGUCUAUCGGGAUGGAGGACAUUUUCGUUUCUGAGUGAAUAAUUUAUUUAUAUAUACUGACUAUUUUUUUAUAGCGAUCUAUGUAUUGUAUGUACACACAAAGUCAAGAUUUACCAUUAUGACUUAUUUGAUUAGCACCUUUCACUUUCAGUCAAUAACUCCAAGUGAGGUUUUGUUGGUUGUGAAAUAUAAUUUAUGCAAUUGCAUCAUUGUUCAAGACGGAGAGAUUACUUAAAUAAAUUAUGACGACUUGUUGUUAAUAAAUUAUUAUUACGAUUACGUAUUAAAAUAUACAACAAUUUUUCAAUAAAUUAAUCUAUACUGUA